AUGUUUCAAAAUUUAAAAAAUUAUAAAAAACAGAAAAAAAUAAGGAAAAAGAAAGAAAAAGUAGAUAAUAUACUUAAAAAAAGGCGAAAAAAAUGUAUUUUUUUUAAUAACAACAAUUCAAAACUACUUGAAAAUAAAAAAUUAGAGAAAAAAUCUCAAAAAAGUAUUAAAAAAGAUACACAAGAACAAGAUUGUUCAUAUGUUUUUGAAGAGCCUUUAUCAUAUUCGAAUGGAUCAAAUGAAGCGUUUUCUAAAAAAGAGAAUAAGGAUAAACAACUUACAAAAUUACAACAAAAAAUGAAAUUAAAACUUUCAGGAGGAAAAUUUCGUAUGAUUAAUGAACAUUUAUAUAAUAUUACAGGAAAAGAAGCUUUAGAAUUCUUUAAAAAAUAUCCUGGAAUAUAUAAACAGUAUCAUAUAGGAUUUCAAAACCAAGUAUCAUCUUGGCCAGAAAAUCCAGUUAACUUAAUGAUUAAGAAGUUAAAUUUAUAUAUACAAAAAACUAAAAAGUUAAUGAUUAAAGUGGCUGAUUUAGGGUGUGGUGAUGCAAAAAUAGCGAAAGCAAUGAAAAAUAUACCAAAUAUCAAAAUAUAUAGUUACGAUUUAGUAUCAGAGAAUCCAUUUGUUGUUGCAUGCGAUAUGUCUACUUUACCUCUUAUUGAUUCGAUAAUUGAUAUAGCUAUUUUCUGUUUAAGUCUUAUGGGAACAAAUUAUAUAGACUUUUUAAAAGAAGCAUGGAGGGUUUUGAAGAUAAAUGGGGAAUUAUGGAUUGUUGAAAUUAAGUCCCGGUUUACAGAUAAUAAAGGAAACGCUUUUUGCACAGCAUUAACUUCACUUGGAUUUUCACUUAUCGAGACUGAUGUUUCUAAUAAAAUGUUUAUGUGUUUAUACUUUAAAAAAAAUGAUAAAAUUGACAAUAAAAAAGAUUUCGGUAUAUUACUCAAAUCAUGUAUAUACAAAAGGCGUUAA